AUGCAGGCUGAAAAGAUCGCUCAUCAGUACGAACACACCGCUUGCGGUCAGUCCACCCCCUCCCCCAAUGAUUCCAGCCACCGAGAGGCGCAGUGGUCCCCAAGGCGCAGAAUGACGUGUUCCAGAAUGUACCGCCACGCACCGUCUGGCAAGGCAGACAAGCGGCAGUGUGUUAGGGGAUGUGGUAGCCCCCGAAGAAGAAUUGGCUAUUUAGUCUCAAAUUCCAGCUCACACCCUUUGAGCUUGAGUCUCACAAAUAGCUCGUCAGAUUCUCACGUCAGGACCCAACGGGGCCACGGCUUCAACGUCUUCGCAAUGCCUGCGCCGCCUGCAUCUGGCCCAGCGAGGCAAACCAUGCAGAAAGCAUUCGACAAGCUUCAACGAACAAUUACCCCUCAAGACUGGCACGAAUACCAGGGUGUAACUCUGAGCGACGUGCAAAAGGCUGCGCUCGAUAUUGAGACUCAGCUUGCUGCGCGGCAGUCGCUUCGAAACAUGCGCCGGCUGACGCCUCUACUCAACGGCAUGGAGCACUACUCGAUGGUUAUGGAAGUCCUUUGUAAUGGAACGCCUUUUCUGUCUUGGGUUUGGGCACCUAUCACUCUCAUCCUGCGGAUUGCCUGCGAGUACGUCGAGGCGUUUGAGCAUAUCAUGAAGGGGUACUCGCGCAUUGCCUCCUUCAUGUCGAGGUUCGAGCUUCUCAGCAAGGCAUAUGCCAGCGACCACGGCUUCCAGCAAUCAUUGGCGGCAUUUUACGACGACAUACUGCAAUUUCAUACCUAUGCUUACAAGUUUGUUUGUCGCAAUGGCUGGAAGCUCCUGUUUGUCACUUCGUGGGGCCGGUUCCAGAGGAGAUUUGACAACAUCCUCGGAGACAUGGAAAAACAUGGCGACUUGAUCGACAAAGAGACUAAUGCUCUGAACAUAGUCGAGUCUCGACAAAUGCGCCAAGAUAUUCGUCAAUGGAGAGAAGAGAGCCUGGAGAACCUCAGCAACCAAGAAGCAGAGCAAUCUGCCAAGCAGUACCAUUCCAUCACAUCAUGGCUCAAGUAUGACGAGUCUGAUCAACUGGCAAUAUUUGAUUCAAUCUCAGCCGAGGCGAGAAAGUACCCUGGGACCUGUUCAUGGUUCAUUCAGUCUUCUAGAGUGAGGGCAUGGCUCCAGCGCAAAGCAGACACUUCGUCGCUCUGGUUGCAAGGCAUUCCUGGGUCCGGCAAGUCCUUCAUAUGCGCGGAACUCAUCAACUUCAUGAAGGCUGACAAGAGGUUCGUUCUUUACCAUUUUUGCUCCGAUUCUUAUGCUUCAUCGACAAUGUACGAGCAAAUUCUUCGGUCGUUGCUUCUGCAGCUUGUUCAGAAAAACAGCGACGUAGUCGCGCACGUCUACGACAAGUACAUUCUGGGCAAGAGAGCUCCUACCGUCCCCGCCCUCGAACACCUGCUACAAGACCUUAUCAAGGUCAAUUGCGGUGAGCCAGGUCAGACAGAGUACAUUUGGGUGGUACUUGAUGGCCUUGGUGAGUGCCAGCCCGGAAAGCAAGCUCGCGUGGCAACUCUGAUGAAAAGCAUCACGUCGAGCUCGUCUUCGUCUGCAAGUGGUGGCACCAUUUGCAAAGCUCUCAUAUCCUGCCAAGUGUCAACAGCGAUUUCAACCCAUCUCAAGAACGACCACAAACUAUCUCUCACCAACGAGAAAGUCAACAUAGAGAAAGCAAUCCGGAAGUAUGCAUCGCACAGGCUGCAGUCCCUUUGCCAAAGGUUCUCCCAGCUUGGACUGACUCAAGACGAAAUCGAAGAGAUCGAGUAUAGCAUUGCUAAGAAAGCUGACGGAAUGUUUCUGUAUGCUCGACUGGUUCUUGACUACCUCGCAACCAACCUUUUCUAUAGCGGCGAAGAGAUCAAGACAUCCAUAAAUCAACUUCCCACCAAGCUUACAGACUUCUACCGGAGAAUACUUACCCGUAUCCUUGUCCAGCUGGACCAUCGAUCCAUCGACCGCGUUCGGUGUAUCUUUGGCUGGGUGGCUUUCCAAAAGCGGCCGCUGAAAAGACUCGAAUUCUUGUCGGCUGUCACGUUCAGCCCUGGAGACCCGGACGUUCGCCACCUGGCCCCAGACUACAUACUCGAUAUUUGUGGGCCUCUACUCGAAGAAAGACAAAACACUGCGGUGACUUUCAUUCAUUCUUCAGUGAAGCUGUUCCUUCAGAGUCACUCAAGUAACUUGCUCAUCAACGAAUACGAUACGCUCCAGGAACAUGGCUUGGCGACGGUGGCCUGUCUUCUAUCGGGCCUGGCGGUCUUCAACAACAAUUACCAAGAGUACGACAGACAACUCCGAGUGAUCAAAGGUCUUCACGGGUUUCACGUUUACGCCACGGAGUACUGGACUGAUUAUCUGUUUUUCCAUGUGCAAUCUGCUAGUUUCACCGCCACAACCUCAAGGCUUCCUGCUCUGGCAAAUAUCUUGGCUGACAAACUGGAUGUGGCGGACACUUGGACCGGCGCCGAGCUGGAGUCCAGUACGGAAACGUCGGAUGACCCAUUGCAGUCCCUGAUUCAAUAUCCUGUUCUCUUGAAGCAUGUCAAGAGGUAUUUAAGGGCUAGGUCGGUCAAGACGCUUGAAGCCGAGCUUCUAAACCUUAAUGAUCCGGAUGAUAGAGUUUCACGACCGCAAGUUGUUGUCCCAAACGACGGCAUUUCGGCCAUGUUGGUGUUCUACCAAAAUGUCGUAAGGCAGCUCCUCAGCCAGCAUGACUUUCCAGGAGUUUCUGCCGAUGAUAUCAAGCUAUUCAGAAGUCAGGUUGGCAACUCGGCGUUCACAUGCCGAGUAAAGUCCUGCCACCAGGCCACGAUAGGAUUCGAAUCCGAAAACCUCCUCCACGAACAUGAGACUUCCCACGUCCGACGGUUAUCGUGUACCUUCUCAGGCUGCCAUUACCCGCCUUUUGCGUCGGCGCAAGCACUUCUGAAGCACGGGAGAAAAUACCACAAUUCCACACCCGCACCCAGAUCACGACGUAAGCCUGACGCCGGUAAAAUUGUGACAAGGGAGAGGAAGAGCGCCAAGGCACCGGAAGUUGUGGCCCCUUUACCAUCACUUUCAUCAAUGCUGAAGCAAGAAACUGCUACGCCAUUCGAAACUGAUGCUUUUCCAGAGCAAAGUCUACUCAAUCAACCCACUGAGAGAAGAACUAAUUCCCUCCAAGGGGGAAUACUUACUGAAAAACCUGAUUGGGACAGGAUUCGUGGAGUGUCUCACCUGAAACGGCCACCAACCACUACACGCCUCCAGCAGGUUUGGAAGACCUAGAAGGGUGUUACGAGAUAUAUAAGGCGUCAGUUGUUGCCCAUAACUAAUGGCGUCGUUUUUGUGAUAGUUAUAAGCCUAUCUUUACCUGUUUGUGC